AUGAGACUAACAAUUUUAAAGCAAUUCUUCCACAACACAACAUUGAUGUUCAGUUCGUCAUCAAAAUUACGACAAAUCAAAGGCGAUAAAGCAGGAAGGAGAUGGCGGAUGUUUCACGCCACGGAUUUUCAAUCCUUGAUGUAUCCGUGUUUUAUCUUUUGCCGCAUUCUCGGAAUAUUCCCGUACAAGAUUAACGCCUCAUCCUUCGAAAUUUCUAAACCGUUCUACAUUCUGUCGACUGUCAUUACGUGUGUCAUUGGUUUUUACACGCUGAUAGUACUCUAUGUGCUCAACAACUCUGAAUGGUUCAUGAUCAGAACCUUACGCAGAACUAUUGAACUUAACGCUUUCUACAUAUUCGGUAGCUUCAUAAUGGUUGUCACGUCCGUUUGGGUUGGCCCACGAAUGCGUUUACUUCAGACCAUACUGAGGAUCUCUUCCGGACUGCCUUUGGAGUCAUACGAGAAGCAGUCUGUGCUAAUCCACGCCAAGGACAUUGUCGGUUUCUUUUUCUUAUUCGUGCAACUAUUAUUCUGUUUCUACAACGUGCAAUUUUAUGUCAUGCUCAAGGCGUUUUCAUUCUACAUCACUCUGAUAGUGUUUCAGAUGGAUAUGCUAUACAUGAAUUGCGUUUGCGUAUUAAAGGCUUGCUUCAAGAGAAUCAAUGACGGUUUGGCGAACCUGCUCGUAAUGAACGACGAAUCGCAUUUAUGGGUCCAUCAUGAACGGAGAAAUCCUUUCUUGCUGAUGGAGCUCGAGGCUCUGAAGAAACAACAUCUGAUAGUCAACGACACAGUACAGAUGCUGAAUAUGAUCUUCAGUCCGCAGCUCCUUGCUACUGUAGUUAUAACCUUCGUCAGACUCACUUUCUACUUGUACUUUUCUUUAAUGUUAUGGGAAAAUAGUGUACACGUACAUGUAUACAUGAACAAUUUGGAAAAACAAGUCUACUACAUAUUCCUCAUGACAUCUGUAGCGUUUUAUUUGAUAAAAAUAGCACUGGUGGUAUGGGCAUGCGAGACCGGCAAAGAUCAAGCCAAUGAAAUUGCCAUUAUUAUUCACAAUGUGUUUAACAGUACUAAUGACGAGCAAGUUAAAGUUGAGGUAAUAAAAAAAUAAUAAUUUAAUUUAUACAACGUUUAAAAAAUGUCUUAUGUGUUAUUGUGACUUUUCGUACAUUUUACUUAAAUUUAAUUUGUUACAUUUCUAUAUUUAAUUCUAUAUUUAAUUAUUUUUCGAUCUGAUGUUGUAGUUGCAGCUAUUUUCUUUGCAAGUACUGCAUACUCGUCAAAAUACAUUCUCCGCGAAGG